AGAGAAAGAGAGAGGGGCAGCGCGCUCGAGCGGGAGUGCGCGCGGGACAGCAUAUCGGCCGGAUCUGGGAGUCGCGAGGAUGGAGAUCCGACCAGAUAGGUUUAAAGCGGCCGCGGGCAAGACUCUCGGGAAAAUACACAGGUUGUUGGAGAAGCGUCAGGCCAAUGGCGAGACCAUCGAGCUGUCCGCGGAGGGCCGGCCGGAGCUGGUGGAGGAGAAGGAGCUCCCCGUAGUGGACUGCACCUGCUUCGGCCUGCCACGCCGCUACAUCAUCGCCAUCCUCUCCGGCCUCGGCUUCUGCAUCUCCUUUGGCAUCCGCUGCAACCUGGGCGUGGCCAUCGUCAGCAUGGUCAACAACCACACCGUCUUCAAGGGGAACAGGGAGGUGAUAGAGGCGUCCCAGUUCACCUGGGAUCCAGAGACAGUCGGAAUGAUUCACGGCUCCUUCUUCUGGGGCUACAUUGUCACCCAAAUCCCCGGCGGAUUCAUCUGUCAGAAGUUCGCAGCCAACAGAGUGUUCGGCUUUGCGAUAGUGGCCACCUCCACCCUCAACAUGCUCAUCCCGGCAGCAGCGCGAGUCCACUACGGCUGCGUCAUGCUGGUCAGGAUAUGCCAGGGGCUUGUUGAGGGAGUGUCGUACCCAGCGUGCCAUGGGAUUUGGGCUAAAUGGGCCCCCCCUCUUGAGAGAAGCCGAUUGGCUACAACCGCCUUUUGUGGUUCCUAUGCAGGAGCUGUAGUAGCGAUGCCAUUAGCUGGGGUACUUGUCCAGUACUCAGGAUGGACUUCAGUUUUCUACGUCUACGGCAGUUUUGGGAUAUUCUGGUACCUCUUCUGGAUCCUGGUGUCCUACGAGAGCCCCGCUGCGCACCCCACCAUCACACCAGAGGAGCAGAAGUACAUAGAGGAUGCCAUUGGCGAGACGGCCGGCCUGAUGAACCCCCUGCAGAAAUUCAAGACACCCUGGAGACAGUUCUUCACCUCCAUGCCAGUUUACGCCAUCAUCGUGGCCAAUUUCUGCCGUAGCUGGACCUUCUACCUGCUCCUCAUUAGCCAGCCGGCGUACUUUGAGGAAGUGUUUGGGUUCGAAAUCAGCAAGGUGGGGCUGGUGUCGGCUCUGCCCCAUCUGGUGAUGACCAUCAUAGUGCCCAUCGGCGGGCAGCUUGCCGACUUCCUGCGAACACGCAAAAUCAUGACCACCACCAACGUCCGGAAGCUGAUGAACUGCGGAGGGUUUGGAAUGGAAGCUACCCUGUUGUUAGUGGUGGGUUUCUCUCACACUAAGGGUGUGGCCAUAUCGUUUUUGGUCCUCGCUGUCGGCUUCAGUGGGUUUGCCAUCUCAGGGUUCAAUGUGAACCACCUGGACAUCGCUCCCCGCUACGCCAGUAUUCUCAUGGGCAUCUCCAAUGGAGUGGGCACUCUGUCAGGCAUGGUGUGUCCGCUUAUAGUGGGCGCCAUGACCAAACACAAGACACGGGAGGAGUGGCAGUAUGUCUUUCUCAUAGCUUCCCUCGUUCAUUACGGAGGAGUUAUCUUCUAUGGUAUAUUCGCGUCCGGGGAGAAGCAGCCAUGGGCGGACGCGGAGGACACCAGCGAGGAGAAGUGCGGGAUCAUAAACGAGGACGAGCUGGCCGACGCCACAGAGGAGAUGUACCGCACCGGGGGAGGCGGGCAGUACGGGGCCAUGGGCCAGCCCAAUAUAGGCCCCAACGGGGGAGGGGGAGGGGGAGGAGGAGGAGGCUGGGCCACAGACUGGGACAAGACCGAGGAGUACGUGCAGCCCCCAGGAUACAAUAGCUAUCUGUACGGGGCAGAGGGAGACAGGGACCUGAUGUAAAAAGGGGGGGGGGGGGGGUA